AUGUUCAAACUUUGGCAUCCACCUAAGUGUUUUGCUGGAAUGGAAGAAGAUUAUUCUGGACCUUGUAGAAUCAAAGUAGUACCGUUGUGUGCUGGUACUGAGAACAAGCUGAGUUCUCUCUCGGAUCUGGAGCAGCAGUACCGAGCAUUGCGCAAGUAUUAUGAAAACUGCGAGGUAGUUAUGGGCAACCUGGAAAUCACCAGCAUUGAACACAACCGAGACCUGUCCUUCCUAAGGUCUAUCCGAGAAGUCACAGGAUAUGUCCUGGUGGCUUUGAAUCAAUUUGAGCACCUCCCAUUGGAGAACCUACGCAUCAUUCGUGGGACAAAACUCUAUGAGGACCGUUAUGCUUUAGCAAUAUUUCUUAACUACAGAAAGGAUGGUAACUUCGGACUUAGGGAGCUCGGCCUUAAGAACUUGACUGAAAUACUGAAUGGAGGAGUGUAUGUUGGCCAGAACAAAUUUCUUUGCUAUGCGGACACUAUUCAUUGGCAAGACAUUGUGCGUAACCCUUGGGCCUCCAACUUCACUUUGGUUCCAACAAAUGGCAGCUCAGAAUGUGGACGAUGUCACAAAUCCUGUACAGGCCGAUGCUGGGGGCCCACAGAGAAUCACUGCCAGACCUUAACAAAGACAGUGUGUGCAGAGCAAUGUGAUGGACGAUGCUACGGGCCUUAUGUCAGUGACUGUUGCCAUCGGGAAUGUGCUGGAGGUUGUUCUGGACCUAAAGACACUGAUUGUUUUGCUUGCAUGAAUUUCAAUGACAGUGGAGCGUGUGUCACUCAGUGCCCCCAGACUUUUGUCUACAAUCCCACCACCUUUCAGCUGGAGCACAAUCAUAAUGCCAAGUACACCUAUGGAGCUUUUUGUGUCAAAAAAUGUCCACAUAACUUUGUGGUGGAUUCCAGCUCCUGCGUACGUGCCUGUCCCAGCUCCAAAAUGGAGGUUGAAGAAAAUGGUAUUAAGAUGUGCAAACCCUGCACUGACAUUUGUCCUAAAGCAUGUGAUGGCAUUGGCACAGGGAGUUUGGUGUCAGCUCAAACUGUGGACUCCAGCAACAUUGACAAGUUCAUAAACUGCACCAAGAUCAAUGGAAAUCUGAUUUUUCUUGUCACUGGGAUUCAUGGGGACCCAUAUCACACAAUUGCAGCAAUCGACCCAGAGAAAUUAAAUAUCUUCCAAACAGUGAGAGAGAUAACAGGUUACCUGAAUAUACAGUCAUGGCCUGAAAACAUGACAGAUUUCAGAGUGUUUUCUAACUUGGUAACCAUAGGCGGGAGAGCCCUUUACAGUGGCCUUUCCUUACUUAUCCUCAAGCAGCAGGGGAUUACUUCUCUACAGUUCCAGUCCUUGAAGCAAAUCAGUGCAGGCAACAUCUACAUAACUGACAACAGUAAUCUGUGUUACUACCAUACAGUCAACUGGAGCAGCCUUUUCAGCACACCCAACCAAAAGACAGUGAUCCACCGAAAUAAAAAGGCUGAGAACUGCACUGCAGAUGGAAUGGUGUGUAACAAAUUAUGCUCCAAUGAUGGCUGUUGGGGACCAGGAUCAGACCAGUGCUUAUCCUGCAAGCGUUUCAUCAGAGGAAGGACCUGUAUAGAGUCUUGUAACCUUUAUGAUGGUGAAUUUCGAGAGUUUGCGAAUGGUUCUGUCUGCAUGGAAUGUGAUCCGCAGUGUGAGAAGAUGGAAGACAACAUGAUCACGUGCUAUGGACCAGGGCCAGACCAUUGCACCAAGUGUUUCCAUUUUAAGGAUGGGCCAAACUGUGUAGAAAAGUGCCCUGAUGGACUGCAGGGAGCAAACAGCUUCAUUUUCAAAUAUGCUGAUGAGGACCGUGAAUGCCAUCCUUGUCAUCCGAACUGUACCCAAGGGUGCAUAGGUCCACGUAUUGAGGACUGCAUCGGCCUGAUGGAUAGGUGUAGAGGUCCCGCUAGUCAUGACUGCAUUUACUAUCCAUGGACACGCCAGUCCACUUUACCACAAUAUGCUAGAACCCCCCUGAUUGCUGCGGGAGUGAUUGGUGGACUCUUCAUCAUCGUUAUCGUGGGCCUGACAUUUGCUGUUUAUGUUCGGCGCAAGAGCAUUAAGAAGAAGAGGGCCUUACGAAGGUUUCUGGAAACUGAGCUAGUGGAACCCUUGACACCAAGUGGUACUGCACCAAACCAAGCACAACUUCGUAUUCUGAAGGAAACGGAGCUAAAGCGAGUCAAGGUCCUUGGCUCUGGAGCCUUUGGAACUGUGUAUAAGGGCAUUUGGGUCCCUGAAGGAGAAACUGUAAAGAUUCCUGUGGCUAUUAAGAUUCUUAAUGAGACUACAGGCCCCAAGGCCAAUGUGGAGUUCAUGGAUGAAGCUCUUAUCAUGGCAAGCAUGGAUCAUCCACACCUGGUACGACUCUUGGGGGUCUGCUUGAGCCCUACCAUUCAGCUUGUCACUCAGCUGAUGCCUCAUGGCUGUUUGUUGGACUAUGUUCAUGAACAUAAGGAUAACAUUGGCUCCCAGCUCCUGCUAAACUGGUGUGUCCAAAUAGCUAAGGGAAUGAUGUACCUGGAAGAGAGGAGACUGGUGCACCGAGAUCUGGCAGCCCGGAACGUCUUGGUGAAAUCGCCAAACCAUGUGAAGAUCACUGAUUUUGGCCUGGCCAGGCUCCUAGAAGGGGAUGAAAAGGAAUAUAAUGCUGAUGGUGGAAAGAUGCCAAUUAAGUGGAUGGCUCUGGAGUGUAUACACUACAGGAAAUUCACCCAUCAAAGUGAUGUUUGGAGCUACGGAGUUACUAUCUGGGAGCUUAUGACUUUUGGUGGAAAGCCCUAUGAUGGAAUCCCAACACGGGAAAUUCCUGACCUGUUGGAGAAAGGGGAAAGGUUGCCUCAGCCUCCCAUCUGCACCAUUGAUGUUUACAUGGUGAUGGUGAAAUGCUGGAUGAUUGAUGCUGACAGUCGGCCUAAGUUCAAGGAGCUGGCUGCUGAAUUUUCAAGAAUGGCUCGAGACCCUCAAAGAUACCUGGUUAUUCAGGGUGAUGAUCGUAUGAAGCUUCCAAGCCCUAAUGACAGCAAAUUCUUCCAAAAUCUACUGGAUGAGGAAGACCUGGAAGAUAUGAUGGAUGCUGAAGAAUAUCUUGUUCCACAAGCGUUUAACAUCCCUCCUCCCAUCUACACUUCCAGGGCAAGAAUUGACUCCAACAGGCAGCCUUCCAGCAGCAUUCCUGGAGCACUGGAGCUACUAUGCAAAAGAGCAGGGCGUGGGAAUGCUGGACCCUGCCCAGGGAUGAAGCAGAGUGAAAUUGGACACAGCCCUCCUCCUGCGUACACCCCUAUGUCAGGAAACCAGUUUUUGUAUAGAGAUGGCGGCUUCACUGCUGAACAAGGAGUGCCUCUGCCAUACAGACCCACUGGCUGCAUAGUACCAGAGGCCCCAGUUAUCCAAGGAGCUGCAGCAGAGAUCUUUGAUGACACUUGCUGCAAUGGCACACUGCGGAAGCAGGUGGCUACCCUUGCACAAGAGGACAGCAGCACUCAGAGGUAUAGUGCUGACCCAACGGUAUUUGUACCUGAGCGGAGCCCACGGAGUGAGUUAGAUGAAGACGGAUACAUGACUCCAAUGCGUGACAAGCCCAAAACAGAUUAUUUGAACCCAGUAGAGGAGAACCCAUUUGUCUCCCGCCGGAAGAACGGUGAUCUCCAAGCUCUGGACAACCCAGAGUAUCACAAUGCUCCAAAUGGGCAAUCCAAAGCAGAGGAUGAAUAUGUGAAUGAGCCAUUGUACCUCAACACCUUUGCUAACACUUUGGAAAAUGCCGAAUACCUGAAGAACAAUGGGCUUCCUUUGCCGGAGAAGUCCAAGAAGGCCUUUGACAACCCAGAUUACUGGAAUCACAGCCUGCCACCACGAAGCACCCUCCAGCACCCGGACUACCUGCAGGAGUACAGCACAAAAUAUUUUUACAAACAAAAUGGACGGAUCCGGCCCAUCGUGGCAGAGAACCCUGAAUACCUCUCUGAGUUCUCCCUGAAGCCUGGCACUGUGCUGCCCCCACCACCCUACAGACACCGAAACACAGUGGUGUAGUAACAGCAGUAUUACAGAAGUGGAGAGGCAACCCCUUUUUAGCAGCCUCUCUUUCUUUCUCUCUCUCUCUCUCCCUUCCUUUCUCCUGUGAGCUUCCUCUUCUUGCCAGUUCACUCACUUUGAUAUUUCCAAGUGGAAGGACACCUUUAAGUCAUCUGCCGAUUGGGUUGGGAACCCAGAAGGAAAGAAAGAAAGAGAACGAAAGGAGGACAAAAUCUGGCAUUUCUCGCUUUCCAUGGACCCAGAGGGUCAGAAGGUCAGACAAGCCAGAGAAUACCAGUAAAGGCCAGUGGCAGUGUUGCCUGCUGUCAAGCUAAUUCUCAGUGAUUCAACUUGGAUGCUGUAGGGAAAGUCACACAGUGUCUGUUUCUAUCAGCAGGAACUGAUGAGAGUCUAUUCAGCAUUCCUGGAAAUCGCAAUGCAGUUUCCAUUAGGGAAAAAAAAAAAGGACAAUUUUUUAUACCAUGUGUGAUAGCAUAAUAAUUGAGAUUGAAAAUCCAAUUUCUUUCUCUAACACUUUCUAUCCCAGCGACUGAAAAUGGCUAACCCAGCUUUCCAUAACCAUUCAGAUCUUCAUCGUGGCCAUCCAAGAAAUAAUGACAGCAGCAACAAUGAUGAUUCGAUUCUUGCAUCUGGCCAUUCCCUUCUUCUUAGCCACUCCCACAGUUAUGUUCCAUUUCCUAACCACGGAGACUUUAACUCAAAGCUCCUGUGCAUGACAUUACCGUGUGCGUCUACAUGCCAACAAGUAUUUUAAACACAAAACCAUCCUUUCAGGAAAGAAAUCUAACAAAACAAAUGUAAACCUCCAACAUCCUUUUUUUGAAGGCAAAAGAGAGAGGCCAAGACUGAAGAUUUGUAUCCACAGGGCCUCACUUUCAUGUUUUAUACCUAUUGAUUAUACAAAAAGAAAAAAAAAAAACAACAUGCAAUUUUCCCCUCUAUUUCUUUUUGCUCAUUGAUUAAAUUGCUUGGGGAUGCAGUAGGCAACACUGAGGACAAGAUGGAGGGAGAAGAGUUUAAUAUAGCUCAAAAACCCUGCUGGUGUUCCAAGGGGUGGCCCAAACAGGGCGUCUUUUAAACUGGAAAGGAGACACUGGACUGGAUAAAAUGCACAUAGCAGUUCACUGGAAAGUUAGUUUGCACUUAAGCUAUGAUUUUAUUUGUUCUCGCUAUGAACUGUUUUCUGGAUUUUGAAUGAAGCAAUAUGGAAGCGACCAGCAAAAUAAAAUAAUUUUAAGUUAAAAGUGAAAUUAUAUAUAAAGGACAACUGUGGAAAUGCCAAAACAAAGCAAAUCAAGUCUUUGGAACAGUGUCCACUCGUUCUGAGAGGCCAGUACAGUGACUACUUCAGAGAGUACAGUGAAGGAGUAACCAGUUCUACUGCUGCCGCAUGAAGGAAAGCCAAGCAAGCACUGGAGGAAGUCAGGAGAGAAAAAUGUCCAGCUCUGUCUUGAAGUACACCAAGGAUGCAAGUUUUCUAAAAGGAGAAAUGCUCUGGCACAGAAGAUAGUAUAUACAAGGUUUUAGAAGCUGAAAUGUGCAUGACUCCAAGCUUUCAUUCAAAAAUGUAAAUAAGUAUGAGUCUGUCUCCAUGCACUUAACGCCCUUUCAUGAUUUCAGCUUUUACUUAGAUCUCUGAUUUAUUUGCCCCAUGACUCAAAAUGAAUUUAGUCAGAAACAUUUUAGUAUUGGAAACAGAACACCAGAUGGACACAGGGUAGGGGAAAGGGAAAAUAUAGCGACAAGUAGCAUCAGUAGUCCUGCUUUGGAAGCACUGAGACUCAGAUCCACUAAGGAAUAUUAGCAUCAAGCUCUCGCUAUAAUCCUAAAUAAAAAUUAGGUGCCUAAAUACAUGUGUGGAUCUGUGCCUAAAUUUUUAACUGUGCAGUUUUUAAGAAAAAAAUUAUCGUUGAACAGAAAUUGUAGGUGAGACAGGCUUAUGCACUUUG